UCUCCCAUGUCCAGAGGCAGCAAAUGUCCAACAGCAGCUCCAUCACCCAGUUUUUCCUCCUGGCAUUUGCAGACACAUGGGAGCUGCAGCUCUUGCACUUCUGGCUCUUCCUGGCCAUCUCCCUGACUGCCCUCCUGGGAAACGGCCUUGUCAUCACUGCCAUAGCCUGUAAACACCGCCUCCACACUCCUACCUACUUCUUCCUCCUCAACCUCUCCCUUAUUGACCUCUACUGCAUCUCCACCAUUCUUCCCAAAUCCAUGGCCAAUUCCCUGUGGGACAUCUCAUCCCCUGUGUUUCUAUUUGUCUUUCUGAUGUCAGCAGAGUUUUAUCUCCUCACUGUCAUGGCCUAUGACCACUAUGUUGCCAUCUACAAAGCCCUGGACUACAGGACCCUCCUGGGCAGCAGAGCUUGUGUCCACAUGGCAGCAGCUGCUUGGGGCAGUGGGUUUCUCAAUUCUCUUCUGCACACAGCCAGCACGUUUUCACUACCCCACUGCCAAGGAAGUGCUGAGGACCAGUUCUUCUGUGAAAUCCCCCAGAUCCUCAAGCUCUCCUGCUCACACUCCUACCUCAGGGAAGUUGGGCUUCUUGUGAUCAGUGUCUGUUUAGGUCUUGGCUGUUUUGUGUUCAUUGUGUUGUCCUAUGUGCAGAUCUUCAGGGACGUGCUGAGGAUCCCCUCUGAGCAAGGACAGCACAAAGCCUUUUCCAUGUGCUACCCUGACCUGGCUAUGGUCUCCCUGUUUCACAGCACUGGCAUCUUUGCUUACCUGAAGCCCCCCUCCAUCUCUUUUCCAACUCCAGAUAUUGUAGCAGCAGUUUCAUACUCAGUGGUGUUACUAACAGUGAACCCUCUCAUCUACAACUUGAGGAACCAGGAGAUCAAGGGUGCUCUGAGGAAACUCUUUGAAUACACACUGUUCCAACACCAAUAA